GCAGGGCUCACUUCCGCCCUUAGUGUCUACCUUAUUUCCGGGUUCUGCUCUUCGAAUGGGUUGCCAUAGCAAUUGAGAAGCGUAUCGUCUUCAUGGCUGUCUGUUUACAGAGGCGUUUUGCUCGCUCCGUCCGCUGGAGCGCUCUGCAGAGAACCUGCGCGGGUUUUUAAUGGAUAUUACAAGGGGAAGCCUGGAUGACAUUUCAAGGCCAGCAUCUAGCUCAAGAAUUAAUCAUGGGAGCAAAGUUUUAAGCACAUCCUUAGAGAUUUUAACACCAGCACCAAGCCUGCCUAAGGUUGCUUUUUAUAAUGAUCACAAAGAACAUGAGUCAAAAGAAAAUUAUGAUGAAAAUAGAGAGGAAUAUGGAACCAAAAAAAUGAGAACCUCAGAAGUCAUAUCUGAAGAAAAAAUGAAUAGUAGUUUCCAGCUGAUAAUACAGAGUACAAAUCAGGUAAAAGAAUAUUCCUCAAGCUCAGCAGAUUCUGAAGAUGACUGGGCUGAAAACAAAUGGUCUUGUAGCAGCAAUGCUCCUCAGAAUGAAUUAGCUAGAUUAACAAAAGUGACAGUCAGUUCUGCAUACCCGCAAGACUCCAAGGAGAAAGAUGUAGAUCCUCGCAUCCUGAAAGCUAUAAAGAAGAUGGAAAGGUUGGACCAGAUAUUGGCCAACAAACAGUCUCAAGAAAGGGCAAUUAAAAAACAAGGCAGGGAAAUGAGAACUAAACUGUGGGAAGAUUUUCAGUCUAUGACAUCUCGAAGUUCUUCCGUGGUUACCGAAGAAGCAGAAAACACCAGGAGAUUUUUAGCUUUGACCACACCGUCACCGGAAAUGCCUGACUCUCCUGCUGCUGAAGAAGAUGAAAUGUUUGUUAGUGUAUUUCACACGCAGAUUCAUCCAGAAAAUUAUGGGAAUAAUAGUAGACAAACCAAGCAAGGUGACGAUAGAACAAGAAGCUCUAUAAAGAAAAUGGAAAAUAUGACUAAGAAAAGUGAAACAACCAGUAAAAAAACUGAUUUUGUUAAAAAGAACAUAGAGCUGGCCAAGGAUUCAGUUAACCAAGUAGCUAUGCCAGAGGAAGAUAAGAAGAGGCUGUCAGAAUUGCUGAAAGAUACUGAAGAUGAGAGCAGUGAACUUCAAGUAACUCAGGAAGAAGCAACUACAAUGCUAGUACCAGGUGAAGGUUACACACCUGAGCCAUUGGAAUACCAUCACCUCACUGAAAUCAAUGCCAAACUCAAACUAGUAAUCUCUGAUGGAAAUUUAUCUGCCGAUCAGAACUCCUGUUCAAUAGUCUCUAAACAGAUUUAUCAGGAUUCUUUGGCUUAUGCAAAUAGAAAGCUGGAAACAAUUCCAGGUGAAAAGGUUUUAAGAGACACGAAAGAAGAACGAGAUCAGCAUAACCGGCUUAAGGAGAUUGACCAGCAGCUGAAAAACCUGGAAGGGACUAACAAUUCCUGUGAAGGCACAGAUGCAGAAAAUAUGUUGGAGCUGAAAAUCCAUGUGGAUAUUCUACCAAAAAAUAUAUGAUUCAACACACAGAGUUCUCAAGAAGAGCUAAUCCGGAAAUGUUGUAAAUAUGAUGGAAACAUAUUUCAAAUGCUUUCUUGUUAGUAGUUCCACAGUGUAUCUGAUGAAAUAGGCUUCAAUCUAUGAAAGCAAAGGUUUUAAUAAAAAUUAGACUUGUAACAUGCUACAAGACUUGUCACUUGCAGGCCCCACGACUAAGAUGCCUCUUCACUUAAAUGACUGUCCUUGUCAAUGGAAUGAUGGUGUUAAAAUAACGUACGUCAGUUUUAUAGCUUCAUUUUAAUAAGUUAGUUGGUAAGCUGCUAAAGAAAAUAAACUCAGUCUACAACA